AUGUACCCCACAGAAUCUUACGAAGAUGCCUUAUUAUUAUCAGGUCUAACUUCCCUAUUCCUACGGCGCCAACAGAUUACUAACAAAGUCUUCCUAAAUAUUAUGAACGAUGAUGCACACAAAUUAUACGAACUACUGCCUGCUAAAAACAAUACCUCGCUUAAUUUACGGAAAAAGUCGAAAUUCAAUAACCCAAGAGUAAAAACGAACCGUUAUAGAAAUAGUUUUAUCAUCAGUAAUUCAAUUAAGGCAUAAUUAACAAUAGUAUUAGGCAAUCUAAGUAUAAACACGAUCAGUUCAAGAACUGUUUUAAACAAUGAACCAUUUCAGAAAUAGUUUUUACCGUAACCUAAUUUAGGCAUAAUUAGCAUCUAGGUCUUGUAUUUUCUAACUUGUACAUAUAUAAUGCAUAGUGGAAUUCUCCAACAUGUUUUAAGAUCCUCUCUUUUAUCAAUUCUUGUAAAUUUUACUUAAUUUAGCUUAUGGCUGCAAUGUAAAUUUCAAUAAACUAUCUAUCUAUCUAUCUUAAUCACAAACAGCAGUGCAAAAAUCUGUAACAAUGGUGAAAACAUUUGUAACAAACUAAUCGGAUUGGUGGAAAAACAUUGUGAUGAUAAAAUCAACCAAUCAUGAUCAGUUUAAAGCAGUUUAGUUUAAAGAAGUAACGGUCACAGAUUGCUUCAAAACAAAACAAACAUGGGGCCGCGGCAAAUUAUUUUUCCGUAGACAGUCGGACUUCUCAUUGAUAGUCAGACGCAUCAUUGAUCCGCGCCCUUAAACAAAACAUCAGCGAAUACUCUUCUUAUUAUAUGCGCUUCCCAGUGUGUCUUGCGCACGCAGUUGGUGAUUUCAAAAUAUUGUAUUGCUUGGUUGAGAUGCUAUCUUGUGUGGUAAUGACAUCUGACAUAUUUUAUUAAGUUAAAUUCGCCAUUCCCACUUGCUUUUGUUUGCUUUUGUAACUUACUGUUUUUUGCAAAUCUUUUCGGAGCGAUUGCAGAAUACCCGCGGUCCACUUUUAAGCUAUGCCUUUCAAACAUCAUGGAUACGAUGUAUUAAUACAUCUAUAUUUCAAUUCAACUGAAAUAGAUUAAUAAAUAGAUUGAUAGAUUAACAUCCAAUGGUGGUAAAGGUAGCAACGAGGUAUGCGGAUUUAACAGAUUAAAUUGUCAUAGUGUUAAAUGUAGCUCUAAUUCUAGUGGAUACGCGGAUACGCAGUCAAGUAGUUAUUUCGAGAACGAAGCAUACAGUUAGAUAGCAUUAGAUCAAAUUCUCAUGCUACAGGUAGCUAGCUCUAGCUAGCUCGUGCAUGUUAUAUCCAAAUUGCACUCGAAACCAUGCUAUUACCUAUACUAAACGAACAAAUUGUAAAGGGUUUAUUAUUAUUAUAUUAUUGUAUUUGCUGGUCAAAUUCUGUCCCAACAAUAUUUAGGAGUUUUCUGUUCUCGCCUGCAGUGCAAAUACUAAAGACACAGAUUACAUUAUAGCCUUUAGGAUUUGGGAUAAGUGCAUUUCGAAAUGACGUCAUGACAGAUUAAGGAGUCAUCAGUUACUAAUUUUCUUUUCUAUGAUUUUAGGGACCUCCUGGACAAAACCUUGUGGUAAGUUGUACAUUUGAUCAUGCCUAUAAACUAUAUGAUCGGUAUGGCAGCCAUACAGUGAGGGAGUCUCUCCUCUUUUCAGUUCCGCUAGACCAGGGCAUAGCAAACACAAUGCAUCCUUACAUGAAGUAUAAUAGAUGGAUUUUGUUUUAAGCUAAAUAAGACGCCUGCUUAGGCGCUCACAAUGGCCUUCGCGGUUAGUAAAAUAACUCCAAUCCCAGUUCUAAUCCAUGUCGUAAUCACCUGAACAUGUUUUAGCCAAAUUGCGAAAUCCUUUGCCCACGAUGCCGCAAUGGAAAGCCACAUUUGCGACAACCAAAAAAAAAACGAAAAACGAAAAUACCAAGGCAAUUCUAUGACAUUGGCUGCGGCCAGUGUAAUUAUAUAAGUUGGCUCAAGAUGGAUUAUGUUGAAAUAACGAUUGAGAAUAUGCGAGGGGUUGCUGCUACAUGCAUGUAUUUCUAGUUUAGUUUUCUAUUAACUGAGUGUUUCAUGUUUAAUUUGGUUAUGAGGUUGGAUUAGUGUCUAGUUUGACAUCUUUUGCAAUAGUUUAUAAUGUAACAUUUCUUAUUUUAUAUCAGAUCUUCAGUGACGCAAGACAGGGACAAAGAUAUUACAGAGGAAGCGACCCAAAGGUACAUAUAGUACAGUGAUAUUUGAAGUUCAUUCGAUCACGGCAACGUAGCUUUGGAACUGGUAUUAAAGGCAACCUUAGAUCAAGCCUUUAUCUUCAUAUCAAGUUUUAAACGAAUACAUUGGUGUAAUCGUUAUAUAUGAUUUCAUUUUCUUAGGAUGAAAAUAAGGAAGAUGAAAUUCCAAAUGACCUGGUUGGUUACGUACACGAUCGAUACGCGAAGAAAUUGAAACCACCUGGCACACAACUCUUCCCUGCCAGAAAUUGUGGCGACUUAUUCUACCACCACCCUGAAUUAAACAGCGGUAAGUGUCGAUGCAACGGAUAUCGUUAUGUUUUUAACAGUAUUUGCGUCUUCGAUUCUCUUUAUUGUUUAAUUUAAAUGUAGGUGAAAUGUGUAAGCGUAGUGUCAAACUUUAUAUUUCAGAUUAUUAAUUGAAUGUACAGGCAGCAAUAUUUAGUUUUAUUAGCACUAAAUUAUACAGAAGGCAACCAAACCACCCUGGUUACCCGCCCUUUUACUCUUGGGGAAAUUCAUGAUACACCAUUCACCUACCCGAGAGCAAGGUUGGAUUCGUAGCUUGCGGUACAGGGAUGGAUCCAAAUCUAAUAGCUAUAGAGGUGCUUUGGUCGUGAUUCAGAGUGCAACCAUCGAGUAUUCAUGAUCAUGUUACUAUCUCAUUUUGUCUCGGUACAUUUUUGUUUUGUAAUAUUGUACUUCAGAUUUCAAAAUGAAAUUGGGUAUCCCCACCCCCUUCCCCACAAUUGUACCACACUGCUUCCUUUUCAGCAUCCUUGCUAAGAGUAGGAGAGGUGCAGGUCCUGCUUCAUCCUCAAGUAAAUCCAUUCCUGACGCAAUAUGUCGUUAUCUGCUUGUAAGUUCACUUAAGUCAUAUAUGACAUGAGUGAGCCCUUCCAACAGCUGAAUGCAAGAUCUCGUUUUAUUGCAUUCUUAUUCAUUGUUGAAUAAUUGCUCAUUUAUGUUAUCUUCUUAACUAGGUUACUACUGGAUUGAACCUUUCAUUUUGAGCAGUAAGAACGCCUUCUUAGCCAAAUGUGAUUUCAAGGAGAAACACACAUGUGUCUAUCCAAUUGAAAACAGACCGGUAAGGUUUCACCGAAUGUGUCCGUUCAUACGAGGAUAUCCUCAGUAAAGUUAAUUUAACUUGUAUCAGGGUUCGUACGCCCACCUGAAAAUCCUGCAAAACCCUGCAUUUUUAUUGCAAGCGUAGAAACUCUUUGAAAUUCCAGGAAUUUUAAGGUGUGGUAUGAAAAAAACUAAACUUGGGUUAGGUUACUUAAAAUAUUGAAUGCUCUGUUUUAAGUACGAUUGAUUACAAGACUUUCUCGCUCACAGCAUAUGGAUCUUGUCCGAUAGUGAUAUCGCCAGAUAGUGAUAUUUAUAGUAAAAAAACCUUUUCGUAUCACGUCAACACUCCUAUGACUGCCCUACCAUGCUUGAUAAUAACUCUAAUCAUUAUCGACAGUAACUCUAAACAUCAAUCCUCCACUUAACGAUUAUGUGGAAAUUUGGGACUGAAGCACCGGUCAAUCGAGGAUGAUAUUUGAUGAGAGCUAGCAGUCGCGCAUUGUUACUGGGGCAUUUGAGGCUCUACAUUAAGAAAAUACAUGUUUGACGAGUGUUCCAAACGUGUUUUAACUUAAAUAGAAGAAUACAUGAUAGUGAUGGGGAAGCAUUAUGAACAGCUAACCAAGAUCGCGUGACAACUCUCAUUUUCGUUUUAUCCGGGCUUUAACUUCUUUUAAUUUAAUAUAACAUUUGGUGUUAAUUUAACUGCUGGUUUUAAUGAUAAGUAUUAUAGCGAGCUGGUCUGAUUUCUGCACCCAGAUAACUUAUUGUUUGACUAUAUUCUCUUUUAGUUCACACAUGUGUUCAACUACAUACAACUUAUGAAGCUGACAUUGUUAAGCAGACACGUAGAACAGACCAUCACAUAUCAUUGCAAGAACUCACAAGCAUGGAAUGAACAAACGAAGAAGUCCGUAGAAUUAAUUGGAUAUGACGCAGAAACGAUUAACAUGGCAAGCCCAAUUUUCUAUAGACCUAAAGUAGUAGAAAAUGGAUGCAAUGUAAGUAUGCUGUUAAGAUAACUAGUCUCGUACCACUUUCUCAAAUGUGUUAAUCGGCCUAUGACCACGCUAGCAAUUUAGUAGACUUUUCGUCAUUUUUUUCAGUCGACACCUCCCAUUUUCUACGCCGUUCGGGUUUCUUUUGAGAGACGAAUAUAAUGAAUUCAGAAAUUUUUAGUUACCUUGUACUUGAGAAAGGGGCGGUGAGCAUAAAUUCCAAUAAAUAUUCGCAUUCUAUUGUUUGAUGCCUAAUAGUGUCACAUUGCAUACAGACGAAGUAGGUAUUUCCCAUUAGGUGUUGUAAAGCAUUUAUUAUUACUUGCGUAUAAAAUAGCGUUCGAGUUUAUUAUAUGACUUCUCAAACGGGCUUGUUUCAAAGAGAAAUUCAACGCGACUUUGCCGUGGUAUCUAGACUACACACGGUGGUGAUUUCCUUUUUGUUUUAAAUUAUUAAUGCCUUUCAGAAAAAGAGCAGCUAAAAUCCGAUAUAGGUAAAAUUCACGGGAAAACAGAGCGGCUUAUAGUACGUAGCAACUGUAACCACGCAAUGUCCGAGAUAUCAAUCAGGGAAUAUACCAUCUACCUCUGUAACGAGGCUUAAUUUCUGGGUGCCUGGUCAUACGGUAAGGCCCCCUCGGUCGCAUUUGAGAAUUGAGUCGGUUUGCAAAAAGUAGCAGAGAAAAUUUUAGGAGCAGUUGUGUUAACGUUUGCGAGCAGUGCGGCCCUCUGGCAGGAAUAGACCCGCGGUCCUGCGAUUCCGGGUGUAGCGCUCUAACCAACAGAACUACAGAGAGACAGUUGUCGAGCUCUAACUACAACAUGAAUUUGUGGUUAGAGCUCGACAACUGUAGCUCAGUUGGUUCGAUUCCUGCUAUAGAGCCGAUAGUUGCAGUUUCCCCAACUACUCCUGGUCAGGUCUAAUAAAUGUAUAAAAAAAUCGAAAUUUCCAUCUACAUUUCCCUUCAACAACUAGAGAAAAUGUUAUCUUCAAUUGUUCGUUCGUAACGAAGGAAAUGCGAGGAUUACAAUCAUCGAUACAUUUACAUAAGUUCUCAUAUUCCAUCAUUGUUUUACUACAUGUAUAAUUUUAUUUCUUCCAGAAUAUGGAUGGCGAGUGGCAUCAAACUAAACUAACAAUCACAACGAAACAAAGACUGCGACUUCCUAUCACGGCUGCUAUUCCAAUUAACAAGGAAACCGGGGAAUACUAUAUUGAAGAGGGCCCGAUAUGCUUUCAUCACUAA